GUUGCAAAAAAAAAUAUUUUUUUGGUCGUGGUGGGGUGGCCGCCCAUGGGGGGGGGGGGGGCAUCCAACUCAGGUUUUGCCCAGGGCUCUAGUUUGCCUUCUUACGCCCCUGACGUAAUCAUAAAGAUCGAAGCCCCCACCCCAGUUAGUGGGACCGGUCUCGUUGGAAUCUCCUUGGCCAAUCAGGAAGAGGGAGGCGGCUUAAAGCAGCCAAUCCGAAUAAAGAGGAAAGAGGCGGCGCCUAAUUUGAAAUCUUGUAAAAAUCAAUAAAGCAAAAAUCCGGAGUGCAAUUGCACGUUUCCAAGCGCCUGUGGAGGUUUUGCUUAAAUUUCUUAGAGUCCAGGACAUAGAAAAAAUGGCAUCUGUGUUUCAAAAUAUGGGGUCCACUGUUGGUUGGCGAAGCCACCAAAUACUGGCUGAUUUUGAGGAGAGUCCAGCGCCUGACCGGUUUAGAAAGCGGUCAUCUCGGAAUCUGAAUGCUGUUCGGAUGUCCCUGCGGAAGCGAAUGCCCUUAAAGCAGGUUGAGAUGAACUUUGAGGAGAACCCAACAUGGGAGAGCUUGGAAGCCAAGGAAAAGCCUCAAAACCUCCGAGCGCUCACGAGAACAGCCAAAAACGUCUUUGGGACGGUGUCUCAGAAAAUCCACAAGAGCUGCCAGGACUCCACCCAGACUCUGACGACUGCUUUGGCUAAAGCCUCCAGGACCAGCAACAAGGGUUCUACCAAAAUCCGGCGGGGGUCUCCUCGCACUCCUCAGCGCACUCCUCAGCGCAAAAGCAGCAGGCUGGCUACCAUCUCUACCCCAACAUCCCGUACCAAAAUGGUGCCCAAGUCUGAUCAGAGGUCUUCCCUUCAACCUGGUGUCCGUCAGCUUAAAGAAGACCUCCUUCCUCUCCGGAGAUCCAGGAGGGCAGUAGCCUUCAGAAGUCCAUAUGGUUCUCCUGUCUGCGCUGACUUGAAAAGGCAGUUUGAUUGUGAUUUAGAGCUGAUUUCCACCGGCAUUCGCCAGCUGAAGCGUCUCUCUCACGCCUUCAACGAUAUCAUUGUCCAAGAGGAGAGGGAUCAAGCGAUCGCCAACUAUUGCUGCAUCAUGGCGCAAAACGUACGGGCUGCGCAUUUGCAGUCUCAGGAUUGUGCCGGUUCGUCAUUCAGGAGGCGCGCGCUGAGACUGCAGAGAGUGCUCCGCAGAUGGGCCAAAACCCGCUGGAAAAACUACUAACCUGCGAAUAUAUGAAGGAUGGACUUGUGUGUGUAUAUGUGUGUGUGUGUGUUUGUAAAACCUUUUUUUGUAUCCGCAUCUAACUGACUCCACGCUGCAUAAGCUCGUGUCGUGAAAAGCUAACUUUUUAAUUUUCCUUACCUGUUGCAUAUAUUAUGCAUCAAUUAUUAACCUACAAUUCCGUGUAAACACUGUUUAUCAUACAUUUAUUAAAAAUAUGAGACAAGAAAGAACUGGAGGAGAAAGCAGGAAUUUGACUGCAACAUCACCAAAGCAGAUUCUUCACUGAAGGCCAAACUACGAAAUGAUAUAAUUGCAAAAAGUAGUGGUGUGUAUAUGAAUGGAGGGAGACCUGGCAUAGGGGAAGGGCAGUCGCCCUCCUUUCUGUUUUCCUGAUCCUGAAUGUUUCCUCACACAGCAGCUUGAAGCUGCAGAAGGUAGCAAAGAGAGGCCCAGCUAUAUCACUGGUUUCAAUGCAAAGUUCUUAUUUUCUCGCUAUAUGGUUACAAGAUCACCAGCUGUCUCUUUUUUAAUUCUGAUUUUAAUGUAUGGUGUCAUAACACCAAUAAAGGUCUGAUUGAACCAAA